GCAGGUUAUGCUUGCGCGUUCUUCUCGUAUGUCCGGGUCACUCGAUCACUCCUCCAUUUCCAGUGCUGGUCACAUUGUUCGGAAAGCACACACUUGUUUCUUUGGGGUAGCCUGGGACGAUAGCCUGCUUUAGCGUUGGCGUUGGCGUCUGGAGUUUUUUGGUGCAUGGAACAAGUUCCUCUCUUCUGGGAAGUCCAAGCGACUGGUCAGCAAGUCAACAGGUAUGCGAAGAAUGGCAUAGCAAAAGCAUGGGAAUCUUCGGGGAUAUAUGACCGAUGGAUCUUUAUUGGAGUCUUUCUUUUGUUCUUACCCAUUUGCUAUCAGUUGCUGCUUUUAGGCUGCAUUCCAUGUCCUAGUCUCUCUCGAGUUCUUCUAUUCUAUUCGCCUCUUUGCUUCUUUUCAUGUCAAUAUUAUAAUUUCUAUUGGUAUCCCAGCACGUUUGACACCACCUCAUAAAGACACACACCCAUACUAACCACCCCCUCACCAAGAGUCAGAAGCCGAAGCAAGGGCGACUUGGGCACCUGCGAGUCGAGCUCGUACCAUCGAAUCCCAUACAGCGGAGCCGACCG